GCAUGGUGCAGCCGCGCGCCGCCAAGCUGGAGGCGCCCGCCGCGCCGGCGCCCGCGGGCGGCGCGCAGGUGGACGCCGUGGCGGACACGCUGACCUCGCUGCGCCUGACCAACUCGGCGCUGCGGCGCGAGGCGUCCACGCUGCGCGCCGAGAAGGCCACCCUGACGCACAUGCUGGAGAGCGUCACGGCCGAGCUGACGCUGCUGCGCACGCGGGCGCGCAUCCCCGGCGCGCUGCAGAUCACGCCGCCCGUGUCGGCGAUGGCCUCGGCCGGCGCGCGCCCGCUGACCACGCCGCCCACGUCGCUGCCCGAGCCCUUCUCGGGCGAGCCGGGCCAGCUGGCCGGCUUCCUCAUGCAGAUGGACCGCUUCAUGAUCUUCCAGGCCUCGCGCUUCCCCGGCGAGGCGGAGCGCGUGGCCUUCCUGGUGUCGCGCCUGACGGGCGAGGCCGAGCGCUGGGCCAUCCCGCACAUGCAGCCCGGCAGCCCGCUGCGCGACGACUACCAGGGCUUCCUGGCCGAGCUGCGCCGGACCUACAAGGCCCCGCCGCGCCACGCGCGCCGCGCGCAGACCCGCAGGACGGCCGCGGCCACGCGCGCCCUGCGCGAGCGCCAGCUGCUGUGCCGCCAGCUGGCCGCCGCGGCCGCCGCGCCCCCCGCGCCCUGCCCCGUGCACCCGGCCGCCGGCGGGGCCAGCCCCGCGCCCGCCCUGCCCACGCGCGCGCGCCACCUCUGAGGC